GGAGGCCUCCUCCACCUGCCUGCGUUCCAGAGGCUUCAGUCAAGCCCCUCCCUCUUUCACCUCAGACCCCUUGUCCCUCCUCAUCCGCCCUUCCCUAAAUCUGGCUAGAGCUCCUUUGCGAAUUUCUGCAGGUGUCCAAGUCGUAGACUUGUAGGCACGACCUGUCUCCACACAGCCCCUGCAGUCGGAGCUCAUUCAAAACCUAGAGCCUUCCCUCCCUCGUGGCUAACACUAUCCCCUUCCCAACCUUCCAGCGUCAGACAAGAUCCUUACCUAACGACUUGUAACAACCAAGCCAAAGCCCAGAGAUGGAAGCAGACCAGGUCACAGAAAAGCCUCAUACCACCGUGGAGUCCCAGGAGCACAUCUCUUCAAAGGACCCCUCUGCUGAGGACUUUCAGGAGCUCUCUACCUCUGAAACCAUCUUGGAGCCUUCCAUUCCUGAGACCCCUUUAGUGCCCCUUACCUCUGACUCUCUUCUGGUGCCAUCAUCCUCUCCCCAGACACCUUUAGAGAUCCACCCCUCUGCAGCCAUCUCUGAGACACCUUUAGAGGCCCUUACUUCUGAAUAUAAUGUGAUGCCAUCCUCUUCCCUGACACCAUUAGACAUCCAAACUUCUGAAACUAUCUUGGAGUCUGCCAUUGCCGAGACCCCUUUAGAGGUUCUUACCUCUGAAUUUCAUAUGGUGCCGUCAUCCUCUUCCCAGCUACCUUCGGAGGUCCACCCCUCUGCAGCCAUCUUGGAGCCUUCUAUCUCUGAGACCCCUUUAGAGACUCUUACCUCUGAAACUCACAUAAUGCCAUCAUCCUCUUCCCAGAUGCUGAUGGAGAUCCACCCAUCGGCAUCCCCCUUAGAGCCUUCCAAACACCCUUCAGAGCACUCUACCUCUGAGUUUCCUCUGGAGAUUCAUAUCCCCCAGGUGCCAGAGGAAAAUUUUAUUGUUCACACCUUAGCACGACGUCAUUCCUCUGUAUCUUCUUCUGAUUAUCUGAAAGAAGACUUUGUAUUUCCAUCUUCCUCUAAUGAGGGCUCAUCAACCAGGAGAGACUUACAGAUAUCUGAUUAUGAGUCUCUUCAACAACACACCCCUCCAGGUUCUUCAGCCCAGAUUCAGCUGGAUAAAUCUGCAGAGCAGAAGGAAGAGGAAAAAGAGGAUGAGAAGGGGGUAGAUGUCACUGACAGCACUGCUCAGCCUGAACACCAACUGGGCAAGAAGAAGGGAAAGAAAGGUGUUAUCAGUUACCCAGUCCAGCCAGUGGUCCCUGCUAAACAGGGAGAGCUGGUGGAAGUGGCUAAGGCAAUGCCCAGAGAGAAAUUUGGUGCUCAGGUGCAAUAUCGUUUCCAGUGGGAGAAGAACACAGCCCUAUGUGCUCUCCAGACAGGUCUCUACAUUGGUUGGCGCUGCCCCCACUAUCUCUGGGACUGUUUCCGAAUUAGGGAUGAGUCUAAGUGCUUUUGUGGACACUUGUUGAAAGAACACCAGAUCAUCUCUGAUAUAUCCGUGCCCUGCAACAUAAGCCAGUGCCGCUGUCUCAUGUUCUGCUUUAUCCCGUCACGCCCAGAAGAGGUGGGUGAGUUCUGGCUCAAGAGAAGGGCCACUUUUGAUCCCAAGGCCUGGAGAGCACAAUGUCGUUGCAAACACAACCACGAAGACCAUGCAGCUACCGGUUCCCAUCCCUGCAGGAUCAAAGGCUGUUGCUGCGACUGUUUUGAGUCUAAUUUCCUCUGUGCGGCCUGCGACCGGCGCUGGGAAGAACACGAGACUUUCUUUGAGACUGAAGAGACCCGGCGGCGAGGAGGAAGGCCUCAUGGGACAAACACGGUCAACACCUGGCACAGGCCUUUGUAAGCCUGACCCAGAUCAGCAAUAAAGGGGAAGACAUUGGAAUCUGAGCUGACUCUAUAUGGGCAGAUG